AAACGGACGCAGCAGCGCUUGAGCCUGAUCUCCAGACACCUGGAUCAGCGACUCCCGCUGCCUGAGCUUAAUACCCCGUUCUCGACCGAGAGGAACUCCCUCGCUCCAGACGACCUCGAAUAUAAACCCAUCGAUCGCUCCGUUCCUUCUUCCAUCCCUUCUUCUCCUACCACUCCAUCCUCCCCCUCCUCCUCCCCCCCGCCCAAAAUGUCUUCCCAAGCCCCUCACAACACCCUGCUCAUUCCAGGGCCUAUCGAAUUCGAUGAUGCUGUCCUCCAGUCCAUGUCUCACUAUGCUGAGAGUCACGUUGCCCCCGGAUUCGUCAAGACCUUCGGUGAGACCUUGUCUCUCGUGCGCAAGCUCUUCCAAUCGUCCAAUCCCGCCGCUCAACCCUUUGUCAUCUCCGGCAGUGGUACCCUGGGCUGGGAUGUUGUAGCUUCCAACCUGAUCGAGAAGGGCGAGAAUGCUCUGGUCCUGCACACCGGUUAUUUUGCCGAUUCGUUCGCCAACUGCAUUGAGACCUACGGGGCUCAUGCCACCCAGCUCAAGGCCCCCAUUGGCGAGCGGCCCUCGUUCGAGGAGAUUGAGCAAGCCCUCAAGGCGAAGCCCUACAAGAUCAUCACCAUCACCCACGUCGACACCUCGACCGGCGUGCUGAGCGACAUCAAGCGCGUGGCCGAGAUCGUGCGGCGCGUCAGCCCUGAGACGCUGGUCGUCGUCGACGGUGUGUGCAGUGUCGGCUGCGAGGAGAUUGCGUUCGAUGAGUGGGAUCUGGACGUUGUGCUGACGGCCAGCCAGAAGGCCAUCGGCUGCCCUCCUGGUCUGAGCAUUCUGAUGCUGUCCGGCCGGGCUCUCGACACCUUCAAGGCCCGCAAGACGCCCCCCGCCUCCUAUUACGCCUCCAUCGGCAAUUGGUUGCCCAUCAUGCAGAACUACGAGAACUUCAAGCCCUCUUACUUCGCCACUCCCCCCACCCAGCUCGUCCACGCCCUGCACACCACGCUGUCUCAGAUCACCGCUCGCCCCAUCACCGAGCGCUACGCCAUUCACCGUCACGCCUCGGACCGCGUCAAGGCCGCCGUCGCCGAGCUCGGCCUGAAGCAGGUGGCCGCCACCCCGGAGAACCAGGCCCACGCCAUGACCGCCAUCUGGCUGCCCGAGGGCCUCGCUCCCCCGGACGUGCUGCCCGGUCUGCUGAAGCGCGGGGUGAUCUUCGCAGCGGGUCUGCACAAGGAGGUUGCCACCAAGUACAUCCGCUUCGGCCACAUGGGCGUUAGUGUCACUGACCCCGCCCGGUCGGACAUUGACAAGGCCAUUGCCGCCUUGAAGGAGGCUCUGACCGAGGCCAAGCAGGCCAAGGGACUGUAA